GACUUAGAAGUGACUUUUAAAUUCCCUUGUCAUUUCACUGUUAUCUGAUUUGCAGGAAUCCAACACUUAGGUAACCAUGUCCAACUCCGGUGAGGCAGAACUCAUUCACGUGUUUAAGGGGAUUCGCUUUACUAUCCGGUCUUCUCCAGAACUUUUAAAACACUUGGAUACUUUCGAUGCUAGAGAAGAUGAUGUUCUCUUGGUUUCUUAUCCCAAAUCUGGCACUCACUGGCUAGCAGGAAUUGUAACAAAGCUUUACAAUACUCAAGUUACAUUAACAUCUCCCAUUGAAUUUGGAGAUAUUUCCAAACUGGAGGAACUGAAUAAACUCUCAUCAAAGAGAAUCAUUCCAACACACUUAGACUACAACAUGUUACCUUCAAAUUUUAAGAAUAAAAAAUGCAAGAUGAUCUACAUCAGCAGAAAUCCAAAAGAUACCGCAGUUUCCAUGUAUCAUUACUACAGAGAUAACCCAAACCUUCCCACUAUAGACACCUGGACCGCGUUCUUUGAUUUGUUCUUAAAAGGAGAUGUUGUCUGUGGAUCCUGGUUUGAUCAUUUCCUAAGUUGGGAAGAACACAAAAAUGACAAAAACAUCCUGUUCUUGUUCUAUGAAGACAUGAAGAAGGAUCUCCCUAAGAUUGUAAAGGAAAUUACUUUGUUCCUGGGUUUAAACAUCAGUGACAACGAUAUCCAAGACAUUUGCAAAAAAUCCUCAUUCUCAGAGAUGAAAAGUAACACAGAAAAGGAGAACAGUGAUCCAAAUCACACUGUUUGUGCACUGACAUCCAACAGGAAGUUGGUUUUCCGAAAAGGUGCUGUUGGUGAUUGGAAGAACCAUUUCACUCCAAAACAGAAUCGAAGGUUUGAGGAGAUAUUUAACGAGAAAAUGAAACUCAGCAAAAUGGCAAAAAGUGUCACCUAUGAAUUUUGACUCCUUGUGAAGAAUGAUAUCCAGUUAUCCACAAACAUAGAAAGAACAUCUGGUGGGAAAUUCUGAAUGGGGGGUCCCAUUCAGUUUAUAACCCUCCCAACGGAAAGGACUGUAAACAUGAGAUUUUGAGGACAGAAAUAUUCUGACACAAUGACAGCAGGAAGAUAUAUAUCAUUUUACACUCAGGUGUCAGUGUCGCUUUUCUACCACCAAAUCUACUUUAUCCCUUUUUUUUUUUUGCUCUAGAGGGAUGAAAGUGGACUUCUUGGAUCUAACUUAGGAAUUUUACCUAAUAUAUUAAGAAAGAAACAAAACCCAAAUUCGUACUACAUAAAAAGUCUAAAAAUACAUCAUAAGAAAAUGACCAAAGAUUUGGCUGCAGACUCCUUCUCUCCCUGAUCUACCAUGAUUUGGAAGAUGUCUAUCUUAUCAGACUUUGUUAUUGAUACUGAAGUCGAAAACUAUACAUUCAAACAUCUGAAGGGAAGUUUGUUCAUAAAAAGUCUUUUUUGUUUGUUUUUUUUUACAAUAUUUACUUCUUUGACAUAACUUAUUUCUGGGUUAGGUACUGUGUAGUGCCUGUGUUUUGAAUGCAACUGAUACACACUCAUGUAAAUUACUGCACUGUAUGUUGGAGAACAAUAAACGUGGGUUUUUUCCAUUUGACUUUCUUCCUACAAAAUGCUUGUUUCCAAUGUUUUGAUGAGACCCACUUUACAGUCCUUGUGCAAUAGAACUCAGCAGUUCCACUCUGGUAAACAAACCACUACUCAGAGAUAAUUUAAUCUGGCCAUCAUUUAUUUAUUUACACUGCCCUGAUAAGACAGAUUUUCCAAGAAUCAGCUGUCUGUGUUCAUAUUCAAGUGACUGUUCUAGGAACCCAGCAAAGAUUUUUCUUCUGAUUUAUUCCAUGAUGUGUUUGCUGCCCUCACCUCCAAUUCAUUUUUUAGGCUGAUUUUAAGCCUCUCCACACACUAGUUCUCCCUAACCAUACAAUUCCAAGGCAUUAGUAGGCAGAAAAAACACUAGCAAAAGCUGAUCAAAAAGAAACUCGUGCAGGCAAGCACCAUUACUCUGCUUUCACUCCUGCAUGCUCUGAAGUAACACAUCUAUAAGGCAAGCUUGUCCUCUGGGUGUGUUGUUCCUGAAAAGCUGAGCUAUGGCCUUAUUUAUAGUGAACACUAAUGCACUCUCUGGCUGCACAUUUCACACUUGCCACAUUGCCCUUUCAUUUCAUACCUUGCUGGUGCCAGCUGACAUCACCACCUACCAACCGAUUUUGCAUCUGCACAAACGAGACAGAAGUUAUGUGCUGAAGAGGUCAGUGAGAGAAAAGCAUGUUCAACUGAAGUCCCUUGCCAUUCACCAAUCCAACAAAAUUUAAGCUCAGAGAUGCUGCCCUAAGCACCAUUUUAUGCAAAUGAUCCAUUUGCAAAUGAGAAGUUUGUUUGUGUUGCUUUGCUCUUCUGACGCUAAAAUCACUCUCUCUCUCUAAAAUGCCAUGAACCACUGCUGCCCUCCUUUCAAGUAACAUUUGGACAAGUGGGUUCCCCACGGCUCAGUACUGGGUCCAGCCCUGUUCAAUGUCUUUAUCAAUGACCUGGAUGAAGGCAUUGAGUGCACCCUUAGAAAGUUUGCAGAUGACACUAAGCUGAGCGGAAGCGUGGAUCUGCUUGAGGGUAUGGAGGCUCUUCAAAGGGAUCUGAACAGGCUGGACUGCUGGGCUGAGACCAAUGGUAUGAAUUUUAAUAAGGCCAAAUGCCUGGUCCUGCACUUGGGGCACAAAAACCCUAUGCAGUGCUACAGACUAGGAGAAGAGUGGCUCGAAAGCUGCACGGAAGAGAAGGACCUGGAGGUGUUGGUUGACAGCCGACUGAACACGAGCCAGCAAUGUGCGUGCCUAGCUGGCCAAAAAAGCCAAUGGCAUCUUGGCUUGUAUCAGAAAUGGUGUGGCCAGCAAGUCCAGGGAGGUUAUUCUCCCUUUGUACUAGGCACUGGUGAGACCACACCUCGAAUACUGUGUUCAGUUCUGGGCCCCUUGCUACAAGAGGGAUGUUGUGGCUCUGGAGCAUGUCCAGAGAAGAGCAAUGAAGCUGGUGAGGGGGCUGGAGAACAAGUCUUAUGAGGAGUGGCUGAGAGAGCUGGGGUUUUUUAGCCUGGAGAAGAGGAGGCUGAGGGGAGACCUUAUUACUCUACAACUACCUGAAAGGAGGUUGUGGAGAGGAGGGAGCUGGCCUCUUCUCCCAAGUGACUGAGGACAGGACAAGGGGGAAUGGCCUCAAGCUCUGCCAGGGGAGGUUCAGGCUGGAUAUCAGAAAAAAAUUUUUCACGGAGUCAUCGGGCACCGGAAUAGCCUGCCCAGGGAGGUGGUUGAGUCACCUUCCCUGGAGGUGUUUAAGGAAUGGGUGGAUGAAGUGCUUAGGGGCAUGGUUUAGGGAGUGUUAGGAAUGGUUGGACUCGAUGAUCCGGUGGGUCCUUUCCAACCUGGUGAUUCUUUGAUUCUAUGAUUCUUCCACUAUGAAUAAAUGGCAAGAGAUCAUCCAAUGAAAAAUGCUUGAACAUUUAACUUGGGAAGAAAUUCUUCACGAUGAGGGCGGUGAGGCACUGGAACAGAUCACCCAGGGAAGUUUUGGAUGACCCCUCCCUGGAAGUGUUCAAGAGCAGGCUGGAUGGGGCCUUGAGCAGCCUGGUCUGGUAGGACGUGUCCCUGUCCAUGGCAGGGGGGUUGGAACUGGAUGGGCUCUAAUGUCUCUUCCAACCCAAACCAUUCUACGUUUUUUCUAUCACUCUGGAAAACAGUGAAAGCAUUCUUGGGCAAAUGAAGUUCAGAAGUGAGUUUAUCGUGUCAAGAAGACUGCUGUAAGCAGCAUUUAUAUGUGUCUUCACAAUAAGAAACUGUGUGAAGGUACAGGGUGAGGACAUGUCACAUGGAUCAAUGAGGAGGUUGAAGCAUACAAUCCUGAACUGGAUGAAGGGAUAUCAUAAGAAUAUAAGGUCGUGAGUGCUCUAGCACUGCAUUGCAAAGUUAAAUGGACUUUUAAAAUAAAAGUCUUUAACAUGUCAUACUUAAGCAGCACUGUUAAUCUCCAAGUGUUUUAAAUAUCGCUUUACUCAAACAUCUGAGGCAGAGUACAGCAAAUGGCUGGCAGUAAUAGCCUGAGAAAGAAAGUAGUUUCUUCUAGUAAAAUUAUAGGGCAGCAGGUCCUUCCUUGGCACUGGCAUAGCACAGUGCAGCUGAGUGUAGCAGAACUUACCUAUGUCAGAGAUUCAGAAAGCUAGGUUGGGCACUGUUACUAAAGGAUGGCGGUAUGAGAUGGUGGCUACUGGCAACCAGGGUCGCCUAACAGUUGCUACACCUAUCAUUUCUUUCAUCUUCUUUUCUCUUGUUUUCCCCACUGUGCUGUUUCACCCCCUUCCCUUCCUGUGACUGUAGCAGUUCCAACUGAAUUUUUCAAGAAACUAUCAAUCUGGCUCCACAAGUCAUUUUGGCAGGUCAUGGAGAUGUUAAAAAAAUUUCAAAACUUCCAUAGUAAGCUGUUGCAAAAAUAUCUCUCAACUUCUCCACUUUCCUUUCUUUUUUCCUGUGGCAGUUAAAACUUCUAGAAAGAGAGAAAUUUCUGUCCUACAAAAUCAUAGAAUCAUUUUGUUGGAAAAAGACCUUUGAGAUCAUUGAGUCCAACUGUACUGGUCCAAAAUGUACCUAAACCACAGGAAUACUAGGUUUGGAAGAAACAAAGCCCAGUACAAUCUCUAUUACAUAUAAAUGGCUACAAUACUGCUUUCCUAUUGAUAAUAUAUUCCAUCCUCCUGAGUAAGGGCUCAUCUGAUGAUCUGAUUUAACUAGAGCAGACAGCAUUAAAUAUUUAUACCAUCAGAGCUGAGCUGUUUCUACCCACUGUUGUUGAAGUUAGCCUGCUUUGCUGGCUACUCAGGCUUACCUGGCCUUUGGGUCAUGAAAAAGAGAGCAAGAGCAUUUGGAAGGCCAGAAAUCUUGUGAGAGGAACACAUGAAUUCCAGGCUUUCCUUCAAGGACAUUUUCUCUGAAAAUAUCAAACUACUGUCUUCUAAAGUAGCUCUCAGAGAAGACAAGGUGCUCAGGUAAACAUCCGAGCAACCUGACUUUAUGUCACGUUAGUUCUGAUACAAUAAGUUUGAUGCCUAAAGUAGUUUCUUGGAGGAAAGCAACACCUGGUGAAAAAAACCUCCCUGAAUAGCUUCAGGAAUGCCUUGUAGAAGACGCAACUGAUUCUGGAGAAGUAUGGGGUGGGUGGAAGUGGGAGGAAGCAGGCGGGGGAGGGAAUCUGAGCAGUUCUGGUGAUCUUUGAAGCCAGGAGUCAUAGGAAAAUAGAGGAGAGUGGAGAUCGAUUGGUGGGUUUCUGCACUGGGUCUAAGUAAAGCAGAGAUGCUCAGGGGAUCAAAACAAGGGUUUAACUUUUACUAGCUUUCAGCUGGAAAAGUAAAUGUGGGACUCACUUCACAACCAGCUGAUGAGAGAGGAAAGACAGUCACAGACCACAGACAAAGAGCCAAGGGCACUCCUGCUGCAAAGACCUAGUGGGGAUGGGAAAGGAGGAAUCAAGCCUGAUAGAAAGAGCUGAGUGUGAGGGCGAAGGUGAUUGCUUGAAGAUAUUGUUCAGAAAAAGGAGAAAGGACUGAGUGGCCGUAUCACUCUUUCACCAGUUCCAGCCUCACAGGUAACCACAACACAUCUUUCAAAGGACCAGCAACAAUGAGACACAAUGCAAUGCAGCAACUUCUCUAUUAACUUUGAUAGGAGACAGUCGUCCCCCUUUCCUGAAUCUGUUUACCUGUCUGACAUACCAUAGAGGAUAAACUGUGGGAAAAGACAGUGAAAGACAGUGGGUAUAAGGGGUGAGACAUUGCCCUUCCUAAGCUUCCAUAGCAGAAGCUUCUCCUUGGCCAAGUGGAGAGCAGCGCUGGCACCUUGCGGCUCCAGCAGGGAGCAAGCAGAAACACCUGACAGCUGCUAAAGUCAAAACUCAGCAACAGAAAAGCACAAAGUCACAAAUUAC